AUCCCCACCUCCUUUGUGUGCCCUGUGUCGAUGGAGAUCAUGGUGGAUCCCGUCAUCCUGGCCACCGGCCACACCUAUGACCGGCACAGCAUCGAGCGGUGGCUGGCGCAGGGGCACAAGACGUGCCCCGUCACCGGCAUGCGGCUGCGACACCUGGAGCUCACCCCCAACUUUGCCCUGCGCAGCGCCAUCGUGGACUGGGCGCAGCAGAACAGCGUCAAG